CCUGAUGAGCACCGUGGAUUCAGGGCUGAGAACCCCCAGCUGAGUAGGCCGCCUUUUUUAAUAAUUUGUACAGGCUGCGAGCUGCCUUGAAAGAGCCCUGGGAGACCCUCAAGAAACGCAGUGGCUGCCUUUAUGAACUCUACUUUGGAAACAGUGCACAAAUGCGACUUCUGUUACUCUACCAGGAGGCAGUGACCAUGGAGGAUGUAAUGGUGACCUUCAUCAAGGAGGAGUGGCCUCUGCUGAAUACAUCCCAAAAGAAGCUCUACAGAGAUGUGAUGUGGGAAACAUUUAGGAAUAUAAAUGCUAUAGGAAGAACUUGGGACAACCAGCGAGUGGAAGACAAAUACAAAAAUUACUCAAGAAAUGUAAGAAAUGAAGAGGAAGCAAAAUUCUAUCAAUAUACAAUUUACAAUCAACAGGAAAACAUAUUCCUUCAAACUCCACAUGAUAGUAUGGACAUGCAGGAAGCUGCUUUAAAGCCAUGUGGAAGUCUUGUUUGUAGAGAGCCCCUGACUGGGCAUUUAUCAAUAAAUGUGCACAUCUCACCUCACCCUGGAGAGAAACCACAUGAGUAGUUGGGAUUUGAUGACAAGCUGACUAAAGGUAAUGAACAUGGGAAAACCAGCAGUGAUUUCCAAUCCUUUGAGAAGCACGCAAGGUCAACGAAUGGACAGGCACCGUAUCGGUAUGAGAAAUGUGGGAAAUCCUACUCUGAACUUAGUGAAAGAACUCACCCUCGAGAGAAGACCAUUGUUGGUCAGAAUAGUGUGAAAGACUCCCACACCCACAAUGGUCUUCAAAUCCAUGAAAGAAUUCACACUGGGAAGAAGCCAUACAUAUGCACGCAAUUUGGAAAAACCUUCAACACUCAAACUUAUAAAAUUCUUGAAAUGAUUCACAUGGAAGAAAACCCCUAUGCAUGUAAACAAUGUGGAAAAGCAUAUCAUACACACAGUUGUUGCCAAAGACAUGAAAGUAGUCAUACUGGGGUGAAACCUUAUAUAGGUAAGCAAUGUGGGAAAUCCUUGAGCAGACACACUCAAUGUCAAAGCCAUGAAAGUACUGAUAAUGAGGAGACAAUUUAUGUAUGUAAACAGUGUGGGAGAGCUUUCACCAAAGUUAUUAUCAAACACAUGAAAGAACUCACUGUGAGGAGAAACCCUAUGUGUGCAAGCAAUGUGGAAAAACAUUCACUACAAAGA